UGGUGAAGUCAAGAUGGCGGUGAACCCCAGGCAGCGGAAAGAGCCUGCUGUAGGAAGGCCGUGAAUGAAGUUUUUAACACAAAAUCCGUCUUCGCUGCCCGUUUAGACCCAACCCAGCGUGCUGUUGAAGUUGUACUCAACCUGCGGAGGACUUGAUACAUUCACAGACAGCAACAGGAUAACAAACAACUGAGGAUAAAGUCUCGUAUGAAUUCCGACGAGAAGGAGGACUGUGAGUGUGCGCCACCACAGGCCGAGACUAGCCCCGCAGAAGGACCAUACAGAGAAUACGAGGAGCCUGAAAUAGAAAACCCAGAAGCAAGCCGAAUGAAGCGAGCAGCUGCCAAGCAUCUAAUAGAGCGCUAUUACCACCAGUUAACGGAGGGCUGUGGGAAUGAGUCAUGCUCCAACUCAUGGUGUGCCUCGUCACUGGGCUUCAACCGCAUGGAUAACAACGCAGCAGCGGUCAAAGCCCUGGAACUCUACAAGGUCAACGCUAAGCUAUGUGACCCCCACCCCUCGAAGAAAGGCACGGCCUCAGCCUACCUGGAGAGCAGCGCUCACAGCAACUCGGCCUGCAGCAACAGGAAGUUGAACCACAAAGAUGUCCACUCUGUACGAGAUAAUUUCAAAGAUGUAAAUUACCUGACAGAGGAGAAGGUGUAUGAGAUCUUGGACAUCUGUGGGGAGAAAGAAGAUUACUCGCCUCUGAUCAGAGUAAUAGGUCGGGUGUUUUCCAGUGCUGAGGGCCUGGUGCAGAGCUUUCGGAGGUCAAAACCUCACACUAAAGAGGAGCUCAAGUCCCUCCAAGGCAAGGAUGAGGACAAGGAUGAGGAUGAGAAAGAGGCAGCUGCCUGCUCUGCUACAGCUAUGGAGGAGGACUCCCCCGCCUCCUCGUCAUCAUCGAGGCUCGGAGAGGGCUCCUCAGGGGAAAACGAUGUCCAAAAGCUGGCCCCUGAUGAGGUGUCGGUGGACAUCGAAGCCGUGCGGCGGGUCUACGAGCGCUUGCUGUCCAAUGAGAAGAUAGAAGCAGCCUUCCUGAAUGCACUGGUCUACCUCUCACCCAACGUAGAGUGCGAUCUGACGUACCACAACGUGUAUUCACGAGAUCCAAACUACCUGAACCUGUUUGUUAUAGUGAUGGAAAACAGCAACCUCCACAGUCCAGAGUACCUGGAGAUCGCCCUCCCACAGUUCUGCAAGGCCAUGAGUAAACUCCCGCUGGCAGCUCAGGCCAAGCUUGCACGCUUAUGGUCGCACUACAGCGCCGAGCAGAUCCGGCGUAUGGUGGAGACCUUCCAGCAGCUCAUUACCUACAAGGUGAUCAGUAACGAGUUCAACAGCCGCAACCUGGUCAACGACGAUGACGCAGUGGUGGCGGCCACCAAGUGCUUGAAGAUCGUCUACUAUGCAAACGUGCUGGGCGGCGACCUCGACAUGGAGCACAACGAGGAAGAGGACGAGGAGCCCAUCCCGGAGUCUAGCGAGCUCACCCUGCAGGAGCUGCUGGGUGAGGAGCGGCGGAACAAGAAGGGCCCGCGGGUGGACCCGCUGGAGACGGAGUUGGGGAUCCGCACCAAUGAUUGCCGACGGCCGCUUAUCGCCUUUGAGGAGUUUGUCAAUGAGCCUCUGAACGAGGUGCUGGAGAUGGACAAGGACUACACUUUCUUUAAGGUUGAGACUGAAAACAAGUUCUCCUUUAUGACAUGCCCCUUCAUCCUCAACGCCGUCACCAAGAACCUGGGCCUGUACUACGACAACCGCAUCCGCAUGUACAGUGAGCGGCGUAUAACUGUGCUCUACAGUUUGGUGCAGGGUCAGCAGCUCAAUCCCUACCUGAGGCUCAAAGUGCGGCGAGACCACAUCAUCGACGAUGCUCUGGUCCGGCUGGAAAUGAUAGCAAUGGAAAAUCCUGCAGACUUGAAGAAGCAGCUCUAUGUGGAGUUUGAAGGAGAACAAGGUGUAGAUGAAGGAGGUGUUUCCAAAGAGUUCUUCCAGCUGGUGGUGGAGGAGAUCUUCAACCCAGAUAUUGGCAUGUUCACAUACGACGAGGGCACCAAACUGUUUUGGUUCAACCCGUCGUCAUUCGAAAAUGAGGGCCAGUACACUCUGAUCGGCAUCGUUCUGGGUCUGGCCAUCUAUAACAACUGUAUCCUGGACGUCCACUUCCCCAUGGUGGUCUACAGGAAGCUCAUGGGCAAGAAAGGAACGUUCAGGGACUUAGCUGAUGCCAACCCGGUUCUAUAUCAGAGUCUGAAGGAGCUGCUGGAGUACGAGGGCAGUGUGGAGGAGGACAUGAUGAUCACUUUCCAGAUCUCCCAGACAGACCUGUUUGGGAACCCGCUCAUGUAUGAUUUAAGGGAAAAUGGGGACAAGAUUCCAGUCACAAAUGAAAACAGAAAGGAGUUUGUUGCGCAGUAUGCAGAGUACAUGCUGAACAAAAGUGUGGAGAAGCAGUUCAAAGCUUUCAGGAGAGGCUUCCACAUGGUCACCAACGAGUCUCCGCUCAAAUACCUGUUCAGACCAGAGGAGAUCGAGCUCCUCAUCUGUGGAAGCAGGAACCUGGACUUCCUAGCACUUGAAGAAACAACAGAAUAUGAUGGAGGUUACAACAGAGAUUCACGAAUCAUAAAGGAGUUUUGGGAGACAUUGCACUCAUUUGGUGAGGAGCAGAAGCGCCUCUUCCUGCAGUUCACCACCGGCACUGACAGAGCACCUGUGGGUGGGCUGGGCAAGCUCAAGAUGAUCAUUGCCAAGAACGGCCCUGACACUGACAGGUUACCGACGUCUCACACUUGCUUUAACGUGCUGCUGCUGCCCGAAUACAGCAGCAAGGAGAAGCUGAGGGAGAGACUGCUGAAAGCCAUCACCUAUGCCAAAGGGUUUGGCAUGCUCUGAGCCCCUGCUCCAAACACACAGCGAAACGGACUCCUUCUCAGAAAGCCCAUCAAACCCUGCCCUUCCUUUAUCAGACACAAUCGAAAGGUGACAAAAGAACAGAGUAUGUUUGAGGAAAAGUCAAUAAUGAAAGAGGAGAGAUGGUUCCGAUAGAGCGCUCCAGUAGAUCUUUACUGUGCCUGCAUCAUCCCGCAUCAGUCAGUGUAAGCACAGAGACCUCCUGAUCAAAGUACCCACCCCCACAUCCACAGUAUGUGAAUGUGCAGCAGCAUCCCCGUCUUUUUCUUUUCUAUGUACAGAGAGGAUCAUUUUCCUUAUUAUUUAUUUUAAGGUUCAAAUGGGUUAUUUUUCAUGCCUGCCUGUUGUGAUAGCUUCCCUACGUGGGGAAAGGGGAGGGUUAAUAUUAAAAAAUGUAAAUUUGGGACAAUGCAUUAACAUUAUAAACCCCAUUUAACUGAACAAAGCUGUUAAAGUAUAGACUCUUGUUCACAGACCGCUGACAGAGCAAAUCUAGUUUUAGAGUAGUUUUAUGACAAAAUCUUGUAUUCCCCACAGAAGAACGACCAUUCCACUCAAAGCAAUCGGUUAUUGUUGUUUCUACCGAGUCCAUUUUUGAUCAAGGUAAGCAUUUAGACUGUCAUUUGGUCCAAAAUGGCACAUUACAAAAUAGCUGUUUUUUUUGUUUUUGGGCCUCUUUUCCUUUCUCGGGGGUGGGGUGGGGGGCACCGCAGGUUAGACUAAAAUCUUGUCAGAGCUGUGUAAGUGCACUUAGACAUUUUCAGAAUGUUUGUUUUUUGGCCACAGGUUGCCAUGAUUGUUUGAAGCAUUUUAUUUCCAUGUCUUCCUGUGUUGACGAUUCUAAAUAAAAACAGUAUUUAUAUAUCAGUGCGGUUGGAGCUGCGAUACCGUAUUGUGCACGUUUCGGAGGAUGUACACAUGUAGACCAGUCACUGAUGAUGUUCUCAGAUACAGACAUAGAGCUCUUCUUGUGCCAACCUAUACAGUCAGUUGAUAGGUGCAAACCCAGUAAGCACUUUGUGUUGUCGGAUUCUUGCUUAACUCUCACACUGGAGAGUCUCCGUUCAUCUGGACUUGUAGAGACAAGAAGGCUGGCAAAGCUUUGGUACCUUGUGAUCUUAAGUGUGAUCUUUAGUCUCUGGCUGUGGUUACACCUGUCAUUUUGAUAUAAAAUGACACAUGACCUGAUGGGUUUAAGUGUUUGAAUUCGUAAUGCCAUGCCAGUCCCCAGCGUGGACAGGCAGUGAUCAGACACUGUGGAAGUGAGGACAGUAAAUCCUGGAGCCAUUGAAUCUCACAUAAGUCCCUAUAGGUUCUUACCUUGUUGUUGGACCCACAAUAGAAAAUAAUGUCAGUGUACAUUUGCGGUGCAAUCUGACUUUAAAGGGAUAGUUCAGAAUUUUAGAGGUGGAGUUGUAUGUGGUAGACAGUAUAUUGCAUACAGUAGAUGUGAGUCUGCACGCCCCCCAGUUUGGAGAAGCAGGCUGGAGUCCGACACGAAAGCUCAGCGAUGUACUGCUGUGGAUGGGGGACAGCAACAAAACAUAUUUAAGCCACCUAAAAAAGUCCCAAAAUACAUUUUGUCGCUGACCCCCACCUGCAGCAGUACAGUCAAAGCUUCCAUGUCAGACUCCAGCCUGCUUCUCCAAACCGACUGACAUUUACUGUAUGUAGCACUCCGUGUAUGGAUAAGUACCCCGAAUAACCCCAUUUAAUAAAACCUGAACUAUCCCUUUUACUGUAAUCUUGUUCGCACCCAGUUGAGCAAAGACUGGCAGCAAGUAGAAACAAUUAACCUGGCUUUGUAAAACCAACAAAUCCACCUUCUCUAUAGCUCUAACAUUGUAUCUUUUUGUUAAACAUAUGUAGCGUUGCGAGGCUAACUGUGUUCUCCUGCUUUCGGUCUUUGUUCUAAGCUGGGCUGAACAUGUCCCGGACCUACGCGCCUCUGUACUGACCUGAUACUGACCGUGUUCUCUGACUCUGGAGGAGACGGUACUGUGUGCUCACGUCACUGUGAUCAGAUUUAUAUUUGGAUCUGUCACAUUCAGUGCAAACAGGUGUAACCACUGUCUACGAGAAGGCGAACAGGAAGUGUUGUUAUAGCACUUUUUCAACGUUAAUUGGAAUAUCAACUGUGAAAUCAUCCUCCCACAGCACAGGCUGAUCUUUUUUUUUUGUUCAGUUGAAUAGGCUGUAUCUGUAAAGAACUUGUCUGCAUGAUGUUCUUGCACACAGACUUUAUACUUUGACACUGUCAGCAGAAUGCAUUAAGGCAAGCAGCAUCAGAACUUAAACCCAUCUACAGUUUAACCAAAUUAUUUAAACCACUUAUUUGAAAGUGAAAAUAAAAAGGACAUGCUUGAAAUGUCACUUUGGCAGUUUGUUGCACUGUGCACAUCCAGUAACUAUGGUAAGUGUGGUACACAUACUACCAGUGCUUUUAUACACACACACACGCAUAACACCAAGGGAUGGGACUACACACAAUUUUAUUGCAGAUUGCGAUUAAAUAAAAUGAGUUGAUCAUGAUGAAUUUCCAUUAUUGAGAUAAUCAUGAACACUGUGUCACAAAGAGACUGCUGGGUAACCAAAAAUAAAGAACAAAGUCAGGCUUCAUACACUCCAACAUAAAAAAGUAUCGGCAUAUUUCAGUAUAGUAUUCAUAUUUAAAGAUAUGACGCUGUUUCAAAAAGCCAAGCUUUUAAAUAUUAUUUUGUUUGUUUUUCAAUCUUGUCUGAUAUGAAAUUAAACUCUGUUUCUCAAAUAAUGUGAGGUGAAGGAUUCCAGUAUCUUUUAGUGCCAUUUUAUAAGGUUUUAGGCAUAUUUUGAUGAUAAUUGAGAUAAUAUUAUGAACUGCAAUAAUUUUAGCCAGGAUAAUCAUGAUUCAAAAUUUUCAUUAUGUCCCAUGCCUAAUUUGCAAACUAUGCACUGUGUUUAAGAGAUUUAAAUUAUUUCUACCAUCCCAUGCACUAUGAAAUGAAAAUACACAAUGAAAAUCAAAUAGCAGACCCUUGAAAUUGUAACACAGUCACAGUAAACUUCAUUAUCAUUCUGAGAUAGUGCGGUGUUGAAUUUGGGGAAAUUGUGAAUUUUGAACAAAUGUUGAAAUGUUAGAUUUAUUGUCAAAAUAAAUGUUUUCAGAGGUAACAACUAUGGCAAAACAUGUAAUUUUUUAAUCUUCAAUAUAUAAGUACCCCAUGAACAAAAUAUUUAGUCCCAAAAUAUUAUGGAGAGAGAUUUUUUUGGGGACUAAAUAACAUGUUGAAAUUAUAUUUUACGUGUAUACAAGCAGCUUUUACAACUUUGGUUCUACAAAUUUGGUUUGUUCUGAGCAGUAAAAUAAAUGUUUUGAUCAUUUUAACCUCUGAAACCAUUGAUUUUUCACAAUAAAUUUUAGUUUUAAUAAUCAUUUCACCAACAUUUUGAUACAAAUUCCCAAUUUUCCAGCACUGGAAAGUUUGGGAUCUCUAAUAUUAUUCAAAAUGAGGUCAUAUGGAUUUGAACAUUUAGCCGAAACACAGGAGCCAGUGAUUGGUCCAGCAGACUUUUAAGAGGUUAAACUUCACUACCAAACAAAGACAUUUAACACUGAUGACACACAAUUGAUGUUCAUUGGGAUGGAUUACAAACCAAGCACAUUUCAAGAGCCUGCUGAUAUAUUUUUAUACAGAAAUGAAUGGAACGUAAUGGCGACCUUGAAUAGUGUGAAAAACACACCCAAAAUCCCACACUUCAGCAAACAUGUGAACACUGUCACCCAAAAUAUAAAGUAUACACUCAAACUUUCAAACAUGGUGGUCCUUUCAAAUUAUUUUUGUUUUACUUCCAAAUAAGUGGUUGAGAUAAUUUAGGUAAACUAUAUAAAAACUUUUUUAACAACUCAUGGCUAACCACAGAAUUGCCAUAAGGUAUGUCAACAUCGUCUCAUCGCCCUUAUCAGUAAAUGUGGCUGGCUCAGGUGUCAUCACAUGACGCACACGUGGAUCUUAAAUCACAGGAUACCAAGUAGGGGUUUGAAACACCAUAGGCCCUAUGAUACCUCGGUCAUGAUCCAAUGUUAUUGCGGUUUUAAAUGUUUUGCGAUAAGUAUUAUAUUAACAAAUCAUGAUAUAAAUAUAUAAUUUAACUUGCCCCUGAGUCUAUGAAUGUCAGACCAGAACCACUUGCAGCAUCUAGGUCAAAGGUCAUCGACCAGGAGUCAGUGGACAGCCAAUGAAAAAUCCUAUCUAUUUUCUUUGUUUAAUAAUUUAACCAAUUUUUUGCUUAACCUUGUCAUGAUGGGAAUUGAACCAGUGGAAUCUCACAUGCAGAGUGACAAACACAAAAUUGCCCAUAAAACCAGCUGGAUAUGGCAGGUAUUUCCCUCUUCUGUUGGUAAACCAAAUAGAUACUUUUCUGAUUAUAUAAUGUGCUCAUUGUCUUCCAUGUCCACUCUUAAAAGGUUGCUUUUUCAACAUUUGACGCAGUUAAUCCAAGUUUUUUAAUGGACAAAAGAAAGUAAACUUUUAUGUUACAAUAAACAUUUUGGCAAAAUAAAAUUCUUUAAUUUCGGUCAGUAGAAAAUUGGUCUUAAACUAAGUCUUAAAUCUACCUUAAGCUGUAGGAACCCUGGGUUACACCUGAGCCAGCUUCAUGACAACUGAGCAAACUCCAACCACGGAAAAAGUUCCGGAAAACUAGUAUUUGGACACUGAGUUUAGAUUUUGACAAGACCAAGAUCAUUAAAAGAACAGUUUUCAUAUAUCCAAAGCCGGCCGGGGACUACAACAGUGUGCAGAUGAUCAUUGACGAGUUGUUGAGAUCAGAUGGGUGUUCUGUUGUCAUUGUCUUUUUAGUUAUGUUUUUUCAGAUUCCUGCUGUUCUAAUGAUGUGUCUGCAAGAGGACUAUUUUUUUUUUAAUGCUGCUCAGCCUGUGAACGCGACGGUGCCCACAACAUGCCACUGAACCACAGUGCUCAGACCACAGCAGUACACAACAACCCUGAGCCAUCCUUUCUGUUCUUUUACGUUCUCAUCGUCAUGGUUUCAGCCAGACCUGGGUGAAAUUAUGUUGGAGAAAACUCACUCCUUGUCAUUAGCCUUCAUUGGAGUCACUUUGGACAGUAAAAGGAGUGCCUGGAAAAGUGGACAAACUGUGGACUGUGUUGGAGAGUUUGUGGAAAUAACAGCUGCAUUGUUACACGGCAGUAACCUCAAUCAUGUGGAACGGGAGGUUAAAACAAAUGUUAAGAGUCAAUUACAAUUGUUUUUGAGCCCAGGUCUGGUUUCUGCUGUUUUAACAUUACUCUGUACCUCCGUUUUGUAACGCUGAAGGUGCUGCUCAUGUGGAGAUGUAAAAGGGCUCUAGAGCCUGUUGAAGGUAAAAGGUGAAACCUGAUCUUGGAAAGGGAAGCGGUUUUAAUCGAUUGGUUUGACUUAACAGUUACAUUCUAAAGAUACAAACUGAUGAACGGCUACAAGUAUUCAGUGUUGUGAAAACAUGCUAAAUAAAGAUGACAGCUUUUUUCCAA